AUGCCCAAGUCGGAGCGGGAGGAAACGUUGUCGGCCCUGACGACGCGAAUUUUCUCUGCUUUGUUGGACGAGCUCAUCUUGGAUGCAACACUGCAGUCGCAUCAUGAGGUGGCGCGGGGUCGAGCAGUGUGUCCGGUGUGCAACACCCAGUGCGGUUCAGUUCACGUGUCUGGGUCGUCUGCUGGCGCCUCCCAGUCGGGGGUGGGGGCGUCUGCUACUUCCAGAUCAGAUACGCCUUCUUCCUCAGGUGAACACAAAACGUCCGCUACUGCGAAUGGGUCCGCAGGAACGGGCUCCAGCACGCCAACAAGCGUGAAGGUGGACGGAACCGCGUUCUUGGACUGCGUCUCUUGCGGUCGGCAGAUCGCAUCGAACAGAUAUGCCCCGCACCUUAGUAAUUGCAUGGGUCUUGCGAGUUCUCGGCGGGGUGCCGUUAGAGGAAAUCCUAAAUCCAAACCAGCUUCCGACCCUGGGGGGUCGCCUUCGCCAGACUCAGAUGGUAACAUUUCCGACGAACGAAGUCAUAACGCGAAAGGGAAAGGAAAGGCUAAAGGGAAAAGGGGUGCUGAUGAGAGUGACUUUUCUCUCAAGCGGAAACGACCCACCUCCCCCCAAUCAUCUCCCAACAAAAAGUCAAAGAAAGGAAAGGCUUCUGGUUCACCCGUUUCUCGUGUAAAAGCAAAUCCCGAUUUAGGGAUGCCGAGUAAUUCGCACUAUUCACCGACUACGAAGUCUCAGUCAAAAAUACCAUCAAAACUUCGAGAUUCCUCCACUGCUUCCUUCCUCGACCGAUCGUCGGCAUCGUCUCGUUCUUCAUCGCCUGAAGGAGUUUAUGUCGCUACACCGGCUUCGUCACUCUCAGCUCAAAGCCCCCACCUUGCUACUACAGCCAUUGGCACUGGGGGGAAUUCAAGAGGACGCCCUCUUGGGACUGGUCCUCCGCGAAGACCGAGCCCACCACGACCUUUGGCUAUACACCCAUCACACUUUGGUUUGGACGUGGAGGAAGGAGAGGAAACGGGUUCAUCAACGGAUACGUCGGACAGCUCCUAA